UGUGGCUCUCCAGAUGCUAUGCCGAUUCCAAGAGCCAGCGUAAAAACCCUAACCACGUGACCCAACCAUCGCCGACGUCCCUCUGCAGCUCAUUCAGCAUGAUGGCUGCUGAUGCUGCAGCAGCUUCAUCCUCAACACACCGCACCGCACUUCAUUCCUGCAGCCUGCUGUUGUUUAACUUCUCUAUCCUUCUCAUCAUCAUAUUCUUUCUCCCAGCUCCGGCGAAGGGAUUGCUUGGUGUACGCCCAGAGAACACUAAAGCCGGUGAACUGUCUGUGCAAGACGGGCUGCUCCAGGCGACCGAGGGGACGCGGUUCAUGCUGCGGGUUUACUAUGCAGCAUCCCCGGUUACACAGAGAGCCCAGAACCGCUCUGGGAGCGGGAGACCAGAGGGUGCAGCUGCCGCACCAUGGAUCGCCUUCAUAGAGGAGCCAGGAGGAGAGCGAGAGAGAGGAGAGGGGGAGAACAUGGUCCAUUCCAAACGGAACCCGUGCGUGGACGAGCAUGCGCGGAGUUCUGACAUCGAACUCCUGGGUUCCUUCAGGUCUGCAUCCAGCCACAACUCCGUUCUAGUGGAGCUGCUCGCCAAAGACCUGCGCAAAGAUGAGCGGAUAAAAUACUACUCCAUUUGCGCGUUUGAUGGGGCGAAGUGGGAACAUUUCACCACCAGAGACUUCUGGCUAGCCGUGGUGGAGCGACCCCCGCAAGCGGACGUGUGGCUCCAGUUGGGGGUGUCGGUGAUGCUACUGGGGCUCUCUGCGCUCUGCAGUGGGCUGAACAUCAGCAUGCUUGCCCUGGAUCCCGUUGAGCUCCGGGUCCUCCAAAACAGCGGCACCGAGAAGGAACAAAAAUAUGCGCACAAGAUCGAAUCUGUGCGUAAACAUGGCAACUACAUCCUGUGUACUGUGGUGCUGGGCAAUGUGCUGACCAACACCUGUUUUGUAGUGUGGAUGUGCCAGAUUAUAGGGAUGACUCCCACCUCCCUUGCUACCUGCACUUUCGGUAUAUUCUUUAUAGGAGAGAUCCUGCCUCACUCUGUGGCGUCCAGACACAGCCUCGCCAUCGCUUCCAAAACCAUCUGGGCCACCCGGCUUUUAAUGCUGGUCUCCUUCCCCAUCUCCUACCCCGUCUCCAAACUCCUAGACAUCAUGCUCCACCAGGAGAUCAGUAACUUCUACACCAGAGAGAAACUGGUUGCCAUGCUGCGCGUCACAGACCCCUACCACGAUCUGGUCAAAGAAGAACUCAACAUCAUCCAGGGCGCUCUGGAGUUGCGCACCAAGAACGUAGAAGUUGUUCACACUCCGCUGGCGGACUGUUACAUGCUCUCCUCGGAUGCUGUUCUAGACUUCUGUACGAUGUCUGACGUCAUGCAGAGCGGGUUCACCCGGAUCCCGGUCUAUGAGAACGACAGGUCCAACAUCGUUGAUAUCCUGUUCGUCAAAGACCUGGCGUUCGUGGACCCUGAUGACUGCACCCCGCUGAAGACCAUCACCCAGUUCUACAAACACCCCAUGCACUGUGUGUUCAGCGAUACCAAACUGGAUGUGAUGCUGGAGGAGUUCAAGAGAGGUAAAUCCCAUCUGGCUAUAGUCCACAGGGUGAAUAGUGAAGGGGAGGGAGAUCCAUUCUACGAGGUCCUGGGAAUCGUUACUUUGGAGGAUGUUAUCGAAGAAAUCAUCAAGUCUGAGAUUGUGGACGAGACAGACCUCUUCAUUGAUAAGAGGACUAAGAGGCGCGUGUCUCACCAUGAGAGGAAGCAACACGACUUCUCCAUCUUUAACCUGACAGAGAACGAAAUGAAGGUGAAGAUGUCUCCUCAACUGCUGCUUGCUACACACCGCUUCCUGGCCACAGAAGUGGAGCCCUUCAGGCCAUGUCAUCUCUCAGAGAAGAUUCUCCUUCGUCUGAUCAAACACCCCAGUGUCGUUCAGGAACUAAAGUUUGACAGAAAGAACAAACAAGCACCACAGCACUUCCUGUAUAUGAGGAACAAACCUGUCGACUACUUUGUCCUGGUUCUACAGGGUAAAGUGGAGGUGGAGAUUGGUAAGGAGGCUCUUCGUUUUGAGAACGGAGCUUUCUCCUACUAUGGCAUGCCAGCCCUCAUACCACCACUACCUAUAGUCAACAGGUUUGGUUCUGGUAGCAGUGGGUUGAACCAGUCAGAGUCUGUCUUAUCAGGAGGCAGUGUGGGUCAGCUGAGUAUAGGAGGGGGAGGAGUCUACCUACCUGACUUCUCUGUCAGACAACUCACUGACCUACAGAUUAUAAAGAUCUCAAGGAACCACUACCAGAAUGCUCUAACAGCCAGUCUUAUGGACAGUGUACCCCAGACCCCUGAUCCCGACGGGAGACCCACCAUCCCUGAGACCCGCUCCCACAGCAUCGCCCUUCCCCUGACACACACAUACACAUACCUCCAACCCGUCCUGGAACAACACACACACCCAGAGGACAACACUGGACCACUCACCUCACAGCUCAAUGAGAGAAACCGCAUCGUCCGCAGUAAGUCAGACGGACAGAGGAGUCCCAGUGAUUCAGUGUUUCUACGGAUGGAUGACAUACCCUACAUCCAAGAGGACCUACAAAAACACUGUCAGGAAGGCCACCCAGAGGAGCCACUAGAGGAGAGACCGGAAGACCUCCCGGAAGAUAGAAAGGAAGACCACCCAGAAGACCGUCUGGAAGACAGGCCAGAAGGCCGUAUGAAAGACAGGCUGGAAGACUGUCCGGAAAACCGGUUAAUUGAACGCCCAGAAGACCAGCUGGUAGAAAUUCCGGAAGACCAGCUGGAAAGCCAAGAAGGGAUCGAUGCUGUUCCUGUGGAGUUAGAUAUCAUCUGUUCUCUAUCUGGUUCAGAGGAGACACUGGGGAAGAAGCUGCUACGCAAACUGAGUAACAAGAAGAGGAAAAAGUCCCGGGAUGGGGAGAAGAGUAUGGAGGAAGGUUUGGAGCAGCCAUCGGUGACCACCUAGCACAACGCCAGCCACCCAUCUCUACUGUGCUAGUGGAGUCUGAAGAGGAAGAAGAAGAAUAAACUAAAUGAAGAGAAUAAUAAGAGGGAAAUAGCAAGUCUAGAUCUGAGCCAUCUUCUAAAUCUUUUUUAUUGCUCAACCAAGAAGACAACAAUUUCUGUCUUCUACCAUCAGAUGAUCGUUUCUUAUUACCAAGAGCAUUCUGCACAGGGAACUGUCCUUAUCAUAGAAUAGAGUACUUCUAUCAGUCAAUCAACUGUGGUUGAUAGGAGUCCUGCCAUAUAAAUGCCAUCCACACUGCCAGUGUUCUGAUGGCACAUAAGGAAGAAACAGCCAACACACACCAGCCAUGAGAACAAGCACAAUGUCUAUAACCACAGGGACUUUAUGCUGAUUUAAAGGAGUCUGUCAUUUCUUUGUCCCAUGUGGCAACCGGAGGAUUUUUUUUAAUGCACAAACAGUCUUGUCUCAAGCAAAAACACCACACACACACACACACACACACACACACACAUUCAUUUAGUUCCAUUGAAGUCAAUUGACUCCCAGUCAAUACUUUUUACCAGAUUUUAAAAAGCCAUAUAAUAACUAACAUAAGGGGACUAACAUACCUGCCAGCAUAAAGAAGGGAUAUGCAAUAUUCACAAUCCCAAAAAUGUAGGUUGCGUGUUACCUAGAUUUGAACAGGUAUUUUAUUAUGAUUAGAUAAUAUGAUGAUUUGACAUAUUUAUGAUGAUUGGAUGAUAUUUGAUCAUUUGAUUUAUAAUAUGGUGAUUAAUGAAUAGGUUGUUUUAACAGCAAUUGUUCAGCCAUUUCUUGGUUGCUAGCGUUCUAAUAGUUUGAGUAAUUUCAGUUUGUGACAAAAUAAGCAGGUAUAGUGUAGAGAAUCAUUGUACCAUCUAAACCGCUUUGAGAUAUUUUUUCCAUAACCAAAUAUAUUUCAUGUUCAGCUGUUUGAAGCUGGUGUACAAAACCCAAUGUAAAAGAUGCACAAACAAAAUGAUGUAUAAUAAUAUGGUGAUUAAUUGGUCAUCUGUAAUGAAUAGGUUGUUUUAACAGCAUGUACCUAGAACAACUCCUGCCUGCCAUAUCAUUUCCUUUAUCAUCAUAAUGUAGAUACGCACACACACACACACACACACACGCACGCACGCACGCACACACACACACACACACACACACACACACAC